AUGUUGAAACGACUGAAAAAUAUCUUUAGUACACCGAUUGGGGAUGAUAGUUAUCAUUCGAAAAAUUCGAGUGAUAAUUUAUUUAAAAAAGGACAUCUAUAUAAAGAACAAUCACCAUUAAUCGAAUGGAAAUUAAUCAAAGAAUUAGGUGAUGGUGCAUUUGGAAAAGUCUAUCAAGCAUUUAAUGAACAAAGAAAAGAACAUGCUGCAGCUAAAAUUAUUGAAGAUUGUACUGAUGAUGAAUUACCUGAACAUACAAUUGAAAUAGAUAUUUUAUCAGAAUGUAAUCAUCAAAAUAUCAUUGGAUUUUAUGAUUCUUAUUACUAUGAAAAAAAAUUAUAUAUUUUUCUUGAAUAUUGUACAUACGGUGCUGUCGAUAAUAUAAUGACAACACUUGAACAUGGUUUAGAUGAAAAACAAGUAUGCUUUAUUGGAUAUGAAAUAUUAGAAGCGCUAGAUUAUUUACAUACACACCAAUUUGUUAUACAUCGUGAUGUUAAAGCAAGUAAUAUACUAUUAACACAAACUGGACAAGUUAAAUUAGCUGACUUUGGAGUUUCGGCAAAAAAUUCAUAUCAAGAUCAAAAAAGAAAUGAAUAUAUUGGAACUGUUUAUUGGAUGGCACCUGAAGUGUUCUUUUGUGAAGCUAGUACCGAUAAUACAUAUGAUUAUCAUGUGGAUAUAUGGUCGUUUGGUAUAACUUUAAUUGAAAUGGCUGAAAUGGAUCCACCAUAUCAUGAAAUGCGUGCUGAACGUGUUGGGGCAAAAAUUCGACAAGCUGUACCACCAACAUUGAAAGAUAUUCGUCGAUGGAGUCCCGAAUUUUCUAAUAUAUUAUCAUGUUGCUUGAAGCGUAAUCCAACAGAACGUUCAACAUGUCACGAACUAAAACAGCAUCCAUUCAUGUUAAAUGCUAAAUCACUUCACUCAUCCAUACUCUAUUUACUUGAAGAAUUCAAAGCUACACCUGUUGUUGAAGUUGUUGAAGAAGAAAUUAUUGUUCCUCCAUCACAAUCAAAAAAUGAUUUAAAAAGCGAACAUCGUCUUUCAAAAGGUUCAAUUACAGAAGAAGAGCUUAAAAAAUAUACUGCUCCACCAAAUGGUACUUUAUCGGAUGACGACGAAGAUGAUGAUGAUCAUUCAUCAGUGGCUGGUGGUGAUGUUGCAACAAUUAACGAUGAUAACCAAACAAAUCAAGAUAAUAAUCAAACAGAAACCAAUAUUAUACUUAAACAAAUUCGACGUUUAUCAAGUGACGAAGCAAUGCCACCACCACCACCGCCACCGCCACCUCCACAGCCGACAGUAAUGUUAAAAGACGAUCAUAAGAGAGCAAAAGAAUCGAAUAAUGUAACAAUUAAGCCACCAACAGUACCAACAUCAACAUCAUCAAUAAAAUCGUCGUCAAAUAAAAUUCCAAAACCACCAUCAAUACCAACAUUUACUUCGAACAGUAACAUUAAUCCAGUAGUAAUUACUACACAAUUCCCAUCUGCAAAAUCUCGAGCUGCAUCGGAACCAAAAGAAUCAACAGCAAAUGUAAAACCUGCACCAUCACCUAAAUUAACAGUUAAACGUCUUACACCAUCUCCUCCUCCACCACCCAUCAUCAAUGGACAUAUAAAAAAAUCUACGCCACCAGGCACAUUCACUCAAAAAAAAUCUCCAUCACCAGAAAAAACAAAAUCAGUAAUUAAUAAAGUCUUCCCAUCAUCGAUAUUCUGUCCACCACCAACUAUACCUAAUGCAUCUAAUGUUCGUAUCGGUGCUAAUAUUGAAAUAGGUCGUCUUGAAAUGGAAGAUUUAGCUGGCAAAGAAUUCAAUAGUAUCUACGAAUCAUAUAUUAAUGAUUUAAUAGAAGAAGUUAUACAAUCCGAUUUUGAAAAACCAUCUAUUCCAGAAGUUAUACUUGCUGUUAUAACUGAUUUAACAAAUGAUGAUGAUAAUGACAAUCAAAACACUAAUCAACCAUAUACAAAUGAAUUUAAUCAAGUUUAUAAUUUCAAUCAAGAUAAAUCACAUUUAGUACCACAGAUUGCCUAUAACAAUGGUACUGCAAAUGGUGAUCUUGAUAGUUAUUAUACACGUGUACAUCAAACUGUUAUCCAUGUUAAUGGAUCAACAAAUCAUGAUUCAGUCCUUAGUACAAAUAGUUCAAAUCAAAGUAAUGUUGUACCGUUACCAACAGAGCCAGCAGCAAAUUAUUUAACGACAAGAGCAACACGUCGUCGAACAAUUCGGACAACACGAAGAUUCGUUGGACCAGAUGGUAAAGAAGAAGAAAUUGUGACAACUAAAAUCGUUGAACCACAUAAUGAUUAUCAAUCACGACUAUCUGAACGAAAAGAAGCGCAUCGUGAAUUUCGUCGUUUAUAUCAUCUUGAAGAAAAACGUCGUCAACAAUUAUUAAAUCGUCAUGAAUUCGAAAUUGAUGAACAGCGACAAGAAUUUCGUCGUAAACGUGAUGAAUUAGUUAAAAAAUUUGAUUUCGAAUUACAAACAAUGGAACAAAAACAAAAAAUUGAAAUCGAACGUGAAAGUGUUUUAUUAACAAAUGAAUAUAAUAAAAAGAUGAAAAUAAUUAAAAUUGAUCAAGAGAAAGAAUUAAAAAUAUUUCGCGAACAAAUUCGUGAACAAUAUAAACAAAUAAAACGUGAAUUUGAAUCGCCUUAUAAUAAUAUAAACAGUGCCAUGCUUGCAAAUAAUAAUAAUGGUACACAAUCAAUGAAAGAUCGUAAAGAACAAUUAAAACGGCAUUUACUAGAAAAAGAAAACGAAUCAUAUACACGCGAAAAGCAAUUUAUUGAAAAUCAACAAUUAACCGUUGACAGUCAAUUGAAAACAAUUGAAAAUUAUCAUAAACAACGUAUACAAGUUUUAGAAAGACAGUUUCUUGUUGAAAAACAAAAUUUACUGAAAACAAAAGAACAAGCAUUGUGGGAAAUCGAUGAACAUGAAUUACGUUCACGUUAUGAUCUAUUACGUAAACAAACUAAGUCGUUUUAUUCAUUAUUUCGUACGAUGUUAGCACAACAAUCCGAAAAAGAAUUACAGCAAUUAGACGAACAAAUACGUUUUGAACGUGAUACACUUGAAUCACGUCUAAAUGAGGAUAGACGUGAAUGGCCUAGAACAUGGAAAAAAAUGCAAAAAACACGAAAUAAACAAUUUCGACAACAAUUAAUUAUUAAUAAAACACCAUUGGAUGAAGAAAAAAAUUUACUUAAGAAGUUUGAAAAUGAUGAAAAUGAAAGACGUCGUACUCACGAAGAACGCUUAAAAGAAAAACAUCGUCGAUUAAUACAAAAUCUUCAGAAUAAACAACAAACUACAAAAAACGAGCUAUUACUUGUUCAAAGACAAAAAUUAGAACAAUGUGUCGAAUUCGAAACACGUAAAUUACAAGAACUUCAAUCGACUUUUGAAAGCGAUUGGAUUGAAUUUCGUAAUACACAAAAAACACGAAAAUUGAUAGAUCAGUAUCAGAUACAUUCAUGCCCUGGUUCACCGAUGAAAAUGACAAGACAUAAUAGUCAGCAAAAACCUUCGAAACCUAUUGAGAAUAAUAGACAUUGUCAGACAUUUGUCUUCAAUGCUGAUGAGGUUUCGCUUGAAGAACUUCUUGAUCCUAAUUUUCGUCCAACAACGAAACUGGAACAACAACAACAACAACAACAACAACAACAACAACAAUCAUAUCAACAAAUUUAUUAUAAAACUUAUCAUUCUCCACAACGAUCAGCAUCUAGUAGUACUCAACAACCUCGUUAUGAACGAGCUUCAUUCGAUCCUUUAACAGAUUUACCAGCAACGCAACCAUUUUUAACAAUACCCACUCGUCGUCGCCAUCCACAACCAUAUAUAACUCUACCAUUUUCGAGUGCGACAUUGCUUCGAACUCAAUUUUCACCGUAUUCGACAAAAGUCGCACUAUCCCCAGUAUCGUCCCGUGCGCCUGUUAUACUUCGUUCAACUGGUGGUUAUCGUCUACAAUCAUGGCAUUCAUGGCCAGGUGUUGCUCUAGCUGAUGAUGAGCAAUUUUGGAAACUAAGCAAUGAUAGCGAAAAUAUUCUCUUUUGA